UUCCUUUUUGUCUUCUGACUUUCUAGGGAUCAGACAGCUCUUUUGACUUAAACUACGGAACCUGCCACUGGACAAACAGGAGAUACAAACACUUUAGUCACUGGAAAUGAACGUUCCCAUUUACCAACUGCCUUCGGUGACCAUGCAAUCAAUGCAUCAGCAAUCAAUGUACCAGCAAACCUAUUUGGAUCGCAAUCGCAUGGUUACCGACGUCUUCGUGCAAGAACGUUUUUCGCAAAGCUCCUGGUCUAUGGCACCGCCGACUCCGUUGGCUGUGUUUAUACCCGGUACUGCCAAUUGCCCUUAUAUACCAGGAAGUGCACAUGGCCAUUAUAGCGCUCCGGCUCAUCCGCCACCUCCUCCGGCCUCAAAUCCUCCGCAUAUGACCUAUAUGCCCAUGCCGGGUAGCCAGUACCAUGCAGCCAGUUCUGCCUCCAUGAACGCCUAUGGCCAGGGUCAGAUGUAUUCCGCUCGAGCUUCGGUGUCGGCCAGCUGCAACACGGCUGGAUAUUAUAUGCCACAGUACUACACAAGCGGAAAUCAGGCUCCGCGGCCGAAGACGUUCAGCGCCACGCACACCCAAACCGAGCCUCCUGUGAAGCGCUCCUGUGAUGUGGGCACCCAGGUGGAUCUGACCCUGGAUUGGUUGCCCUUGGAGGCGAAGAAGCCCGAAGCAGCUCUCCUACAAGAUGUUUUUGGCCCAGACGAAUCCAGCAUCAGCUCUUUGGAAAGCGGUGGCGGCGAUAGCCUGCGGGUUCAAAACAUGUUACGCAACUCGGAGGUGACGUUGCACCAACAGCGCCUCUACGACAUCACCAGGAUUGCGCUGCAGGGCAGCGAGAUGGCCGAGCGUCUAGCUAAUGCCCAUCGCAAUCGUCCGUGCUUCAAGAAGAUCGAUACUCUUUGUGCUCGCUUGAAGCAGGAUCUCUUGCGUCCAGAUGGCGUGCUGCCCAACAUAAACUCCCAAGGAAUCGCCUGGGCCGUUAAGGAUUUCAUAUUUGUCUUUACCCGCAUUGUAAAUGCUUGGGUAAUACUUAAGGGAUAUGUUUAUAACACCCCCGAGGGUUUGAACAAGAUCAAGGAUGAGUUACCGACAGGUUUUAUGGCCACCUUUGACUCGUGGCAAGUAUCGACCUUGUCGCUCGUGCAAAUGAUUAUAAAGUCAUUUGUGAGUCUGGACAAACUGCUACAGAAGCAGAAGAAUAGCUUUUCUGGAAAAGAUGGCGGUCUUCUUGUAAACCUAAACAACAGCUCAUUGAGAAGCAUGAUUGACAGCAAUGAUAGCAGCAGUUCGGGACAGAAGCACCAGGGAGCUGUAACCAAUAGCCCAUCCAUUUGCCAUGGACAAGGUCCCACUGCCUAUAGCACUCCCAGAAGUUCAGAGGUUCAGGAUACACAAGGCGUCACUUCAACUCUCUACAAACCGAAAAGCGGAUUGAAUCUUAGCUAUCUUUACACUAUGAUUGAGGAUUCCGAGGAAACCCAACGCAAUGUGGAUGCUAACGGUACUUAUCUGAAAACUGGAACUUAUCAACCACUGCAGAAGGAGUCCAAACAACUGGACAUGCCUUCUUCCGGCAUACGGCCCAAGGAGCCGUAUGUAGAGUCCCAGUGGCAGUGGAAGACCCCGUCAAAGGCUUUACCAGCACAGGAGAACCGCCAAUUUUCAGCUUCUAUAACGCGCUCAGAACCAGAACCGGAGCCUGAGAAAGAUGUAAGGGCCUUUACCAAUCCGUUUAGCCCGAUCGGAAAGGAGGUGACUCGCCAGUUGUGUGAGUUCAGCGACCGUGUUUUAGAGCUAAAGCACCUGGAGCUCUUUUUUCGAAAGCAGUUCACUCGCAACUAUUUCCCAGAUUUCUUCGAUCUGUAUCACGGCGAAUUCAUCGAUGUGCGAGCUAUUAUCAUGCAAUGUGAAAGGGCUUCGUACCAUCAUCUUUACCAGGCAAUUCACGACUUACGCCGGAUUGUCUUCGCGGUGCGCUGUUACCUUAAGGUGUACUCAGAUGAGAACCUCCAGUACUACAUCGAUCUUUAUGAGAGCUCUGUGAAUGAAAUGCUGUCCAAACCACCGCAUUUUCCCAACCAAUAUGACCACAUCGUGGGUAGACCAGGCGAGAAGCUUUUCAAUUAUGAAAUCUAAACGGAAAAUCCCCUGUCAUUAUUAUAGUGGUUUUCAAUAAGCAGUUGGACCACUUAAUUUGUUAAUUAAUUAUAACCAAUUUGGAGAUCGGACGACCAGUUGUGCCUUAACUAAAUUGAAAAAUUACCUACAAUGUUUAAAUUAUCUAAUUACUUAUUAAUUUGUUUGUUGGCAACAUGAUUUAGUCAAGCAUGUGAUUAAAACAAAACAUAUUUAACAGUA